AUUUAGCAUUAUGUAACAAUUCAAUUAAUGUGUAACAACUUAAUAUUAUUAAAAUUAAUUCUCUUCUGAUCUCGAAAGUAAAAUUAACAUUUUUGCGGAAUAAGAACAGCAAAAUGUUUUGAAAUUAUCAUGAAUAAUUUCAUAAAAUCUGAAGAGAAAAAUACUAAUAAUAUUAAAGAAAAUUACGAAGAUUAUUUUUUAAUUCCCAUUUCAAGAAUUCUCCAUCCAACUGAACGAAUUGCAGAAUUAGCUUGUCCAAAAUUUCCUUAUUUUGUUUUAUAUGGAUCAGAUCAAUUAGACUUUAUAAAAAGAGCUAAAAAUGUAUUAUAUAUUGAGCCAACUGUAUUAGAAAAGUGUUUAGAAUAUCCCAUACAGCAAUCAUUUAUAACAGAAGGAUCCACAACAACUUCUGUAAAACAUAUAUCUAAAAUUCCUACUACACAAAUAAAACCGAAAUUAAUUGUCUUUCCCGUUCCAAAAAGAGUUGUAUCAAAAUCGAUAUGCAGCGAACGAUUGUCGCAACUUGCAAAACCGCGAACAAAUUGGUCUUAUAAAUUAAAAGAAGAAAUGAAUCAGUCUAAAAGAAAAAUUACCCAACGUAUUAAUAAAAUUCCAAAAAAUUUGUCUGAAAAAGAAAAAAUUAAGAAAUUAUUUAAUCCUUCUCCUGUUUGCGAAUUUCCAAAGGUUGAGAACGACACAAAUAAAGGAACAGUGCAAAGAGAAAUCGUUUUCAAAUACUAUGAAAAAGAUAAAAUGAAAAUAAAGGAGAAUUCAUAUUUACAUAAAGUCGAAUCGAAUAAACUGAAUAGUUUACCUCCAUUAAAAAGGGAAAAUAAGGUUUUCAAGCACAAAAAGCAUCAUCUUAAAAAAUCGCAAAAUUAAAAAAUGUACAGAUCAAAAUUUGCUGGAAGAAAAAAAAAAUUAUUUAGAAAGUAUGAAAGAUACAAAAGAAAAAGAAAUCAGAAGCUAAAAGAAAUUUUGAAUAAAAUAUAUCUAGAAAAACAUCAAAAGUGAUUUAAUUGAAAUACAGUAUUACCAGAGACAUAAGAAGUAUAAGAGAUAUAUUUCUAAAAAAGCAUAAUUUUAUCUCAAGAUAACUUAAAAUGGUGUUCAAAUUACCGGGAAGUAAAAAUAAAUCGAGUUCAAAUUAUUA